AUGGCCGACCAUCGCCAACACCCUCGCAACUCGACCGAUGAUGUUUUUGACGACGAAUAUGCCGUAGACGACCACUACGACGGAGUCGCCGACGGCUUCGCUCCUGGCCGCGUCCAGCCCGGCAACGACCGAUGGUCGAUACACUCUCAGGAUCCUUCAAUCCGCAGCGCUCUCGCAUACAUGUCCGACGCCCCUCGUUUCUCCACCGGCUCCACCAGAAAUAGCAUGCACAAGCCGAGAGAGGAUCAGAACCCCUUCAGCAGCAACGAGGACGAUGAUGACGACAAUACCGACGAACGCUCGGCUCUUCAUCGCUCUUCGAGUAUCCAGUCCUCUUCGACUGCCCAAUACGCUCCUGGAAUUGCCCAUAGACUCAGUACUGCCUCGUCAGCCAGGGCUUUUGCACGUACCGCAACCCCUGUUCCUGCCAACACCGGCCCUAGCCACCCCUACUCCAUGUAUCCUCAGGACACCAAUGUAGCCCGCCACCCCUCCACCUCUACCACCGCAUCGACCAUUCGUGCUGCUCAAUCUACCGCCACCGUAACCCAAGGCCCUACACACCCUUACAGCAUGUAUCCCCAGCAUGUCUCUGAACACGACAUAACCGACUCUGCUGCCGCCACAAGCCAUGCACAGACAGUGAUUCCAGUGGGGUUUCCCGGCAGGACUCAAGCCUUUGUACGAGCUCGAGGCCCUGGAGACGAAGAGCAAGACAUUAUUGGUGUCGAUGGCCACUCAGAACAACUUCCCCCUUAUUCUGAGUAUCCCGAGGACGGUGUACCGAAACCCAUUGUACUACCAGGAGCAGUACAAAAUGACACUCCUCCCAACGGACCUCAAGUACUCAUGCCGUUGAUGCAGCAGCAGCGUCAGCCUGAAAGCAUGUCUGAUCAGGCCACCGCUCAUGGCUUUGCCGAGAUGCAACAACUGAACUCUACCGACUCGUAUGGCGCUUCGUCAGAGGCCAAGAGUUGGAAGGAGAAGACGUGGAAAGAAAAACGGAAGACACGUUUCUGUGGUAUCCCCUUCUGGUGGAUACUGCUGUCUCUUUGCGUGCUUGCUUUCAUCGCCAUCGUCCUUGGUGCCUCUAUUGGCGGCAUUUUUGCCGGUGCUCGGAAAGAAGCUGUCAAAGCCGUGACCAAACACAACGGCAACAACACGACCACUCUUUUAGAUGCCUCUCCCAUUCCUACAUCUUCAAUAGGAGCACCACCGCCGACCGGCGUCUACGCUCUGGACUUUGGCCCACCAAGAGCUACGCAAUCAGCGUGCAUAGCCAAUCAGAACUACUCAGCAGCCUGGACGUGCAACAUUUAUGGCAUACCACAGAUGGCUAUCAAUAUUGGCCUUCCGCCCGACGGAAGUAGCGGCGAGGGUGCCUCCUUGUACGGCUUCAGCAACGCCACUGGCAUAAACUACGGCACUCAACCUCCUAACACUCAAUUUGCCCCAUUCAUCUCCGUCGAGGAUGACGAUGAACCUUUCCGAGGACCUGCCUUCUAUUUCCAGACCUUCUACGACAAGUUUGUUGUUGUUCCCGAGUCGUCCCUGCCCGCAAGUGGUGCUAGCAGUCCGCAGAAGCGCUCCUUCGUUAACAACGAUUGGUUUACUCAGCACCAAGUUGCGGCAGGAGACAAACCGUGGUUUUGCUGGUUCAACGGUACUUUCCUCGAAGGCUUCAUCUACGCCAACAACUACACUGAUCCGAGCCAGUCCUCCAUGUCUUCAUCUGCAUUCUCAUCCAUGUCCUCAUCCCCAUCCUCAAAACACGCCAAGACCUCAUCGUCUCCACUGACCACCUCUACUAUCAUUGAGGUCUCCGGCCCUUCAACGACAGCUACCUUGACUUCUGCCACCCAGACAGCCUCGUAUACUCACUCUGCCUCCAACCCCUACUCACAUGGACGCAGAGCAAAGCGCAGUUGGCAGUUGGAAAAACGAAGCUGGACAUUUGCUGAACUGUCUUCUUUCGGCUACGUUGUCAAGAUCGAAGAACGUCGUGUACCGGACAGUGUUGAGCCUUACUGUCAGCAAUUUCAAAUUCUGGACAACGGCAUGGCAGGUCCCUUAGUGGACCCCAGCACGAAUCAGCAGAUAACGGUCUAUCUGCAAGAGACCGAUCCCGAUUACAGUGCUUACCAACAAGAGACGUAUGGAGGAGCAGCUCCAACCGGGACGUCAAAGGUCAAGCGUGAUCCUAUCAACGGCGCUUGUCACUGCGAAUGGUGGAGUGGAUCUUCACCCAGCUCGUAA